CAGGCAAUGACCACUCUUGUUAGCCCAAGUUGAAGAAGGCUGGACGGUGCCUAGGAGCCGGGAGAGGCCGUGCGACUCGCCAGAACUGAAGCGUAAACAUGUAUGGAAAUUACCCCCACUUCAUGAAGUUUCCUGCGGGCUUUGGCGGCACACCGGGCCACACUGGUUCCACGUCCAUGAGUCCAUCAGCAGCCUUGUCCACAGGAAAGCCAAUGGAUGGCCACCCCAGCUACACAGACACCCCAGUAAGUGCCCCACGGACUCUGAGUGCGGUAGGAACUCCCCUCAAUGCCCUGGGCUCUCCAUACCGAGUCAUCACUUCAGCCAUGGGCCCACCCUCAGGAGCACUGGCAGCCUCACCAGGAAUCAAUUUGGUCGCCCCACCCAGCUCUCAGCUAAAUGUGGUCAACAGCGUCAGCAGUUCUGAGGACAUCAAGCCCUUACCCGGGCUUCCCGGGCUUGGAAACAUGAAUUACCCAUCUACCAGCCCUGGAUCUCUGGUGAAACACAUCUGCGCCAUCUGUGGAGACAGAUCCUCAGGAAAGCACUACGGGGUGUACAGCUGUGAGGGCUGCAAAGGGUUCUUCAAGAGGACCAUAAGGAAAGAUCUGAUCUACACUUGUCGGGAUAAUAAGGAUUGUCUCAUUGACAAGCGCCAGCGCAACCGCUGCCAGUACUGUCGCUAUCAGAAGUGCCUUGUCAUGGGCAUGAAGAGGGAAGCGGUGCAAGAAGAAAGACAGAGGAGCCGGGAGCGAGCUGAGAGUGAAGCAGAAUGUACCAGUGGUGGCCAUGAAGACAUGCCUGUGGAGAGGAUUCUAGAAGCUGAACUUGCAGUGGAACCAAAGACAGAAUCCUAUGGUGACAUGAACAUGGAGAACUCAACAAACGACCCUGUUACCAACAUAUGCCAUGCUGCUGAUAAGCAACUUUUCACCCUUGUUGAAUGGGCCAAGCGCAUUCCUCACUUUUCUGACCUCACCUUGGAGGACCAGGUUAUUCUGCUCCGGGCAGGAUGGAAUGAACUGCUGAUUGCCUCCUUCUCCCACCGCUCGGUCUCCGUGCAGGAUGGCAUCCUGCUGGCCACGGGUCUCCAUGUCCAUCGAAGCAGUGCUCACAGUGCUGGAGUGGGCUCUAUCUUUGACAGAGUUCUAACUGAACUGGUUUCCAAAAUGAAAGACAUGCAGAUGGAUAAGUCGGAGCUGGGCUGCCUGCGAGCCAUCGUGCUGUUUAACCCAGAUGCCAAGGGUCUAUCCAACCCUUCGGAAGUGGAGACACUGCGGGAGAAGGUUUAUGCCACCCUGGAGGCCUACACCAAGCAGAAGUAUCCAGAACAACCAGGCAGGUUCGCCAAGCUGCUGCUGCGCCUCCCAGCUCUGCGCUCCAUUGGUCUGAAAUGCCUGGAGCACCUCUUCUUCUUCAAGCUCAUUGGGGACACCCCCAUUGAUACUUUCCUCAUGGAGAUGCUGGAGACCCCGCUGCAGAUCACCUGAACCCCACUAGUCACAGCCUCCCAACUCGGGAUACCCCCCUCCCCAACAGAUGCGCGUUGAGCCCACCCUGCACAUCCCUUCACCUCCCGCUGACCUCUCCCUGUUCCUACAAUGUGAUGCUUGUAAUAAAGCCAACCUUUCUACACGUGAGACUUUUAUAGGUGGAGUUUUGUAUUGAUGGGAAAGGUCAUCCUUCUUUGCUAUCUUAAGGGGCUGAGGUCUUUCUGGAAGUUCUUGGGAAAAGUAACCAAGCCUCUGUACAUAUCACUGGGUUAAAUUAUUUUUUCACUUGUCAUGGGAAAGCAAACAAACCGAAAAUAAAAGAAUAAAUGUGAUAUUGGCAUCGUUUGGA